AUGGUGCAAUCUCAGGGCCCAUUAGGAGGAUUUGAACUCGUGGAAAAUCGUCCAACAGCUGGCAGUAACACCAGUCUGGAGGUGACUCUACUUGAGGCUGACUCCACCACAGUGACUGAAGUCACUUUGGUCGAAUCCUCAGGGUCAGGACAGGUUAACGGACUUGUGGAGGCUCAGGGUGGAGGGCAAUACUUGGUCCACUUUGACAAGAUCCCAUCAGUUGAGUUUGUGGUAUUAGUGAAAGGACAGAGUACCAACAGUACAACUUCUAGAGCAUCCUCAGUGACAUUCCAGAGACAGUCUACAACCAGCCUGAGAGCCUCUACACUAACUGUUACUGUGUCUGAUACAGGAAGUGUCUUAGAGCCUGGAACUCCACUCCUCGUUCCCUUUUCUGUGACGACCACUGGUGAUGGAGGAAACUUUGUAAUCAAAGCUACCAAUGAUCAAGGAUUUGAUUUAACCUUCCCAUCCAGUUUAACCCUGGAAAGUGGAGGUAGUGCCAACGGUACAGCCAGUAUCACAGCACCCUCUACCUCCCAGUCUGGUACUGGUGUCACACUGACCAUAGAGGCUGAAGCUCCAGGAGGUGCAGACACCAACUAUGGUGUGCUGCGUCUCACUGUUCUUCCAAAGGUGACAGAUUUUUCUCCUCCAGUUUGCCAGCUGGUUAGUCUCCAAUCCAACUGCAGUGACAACUGCAACCAGUCUAUGUGGGAGCUCUCUGUGGAAGUGACUGAUGGAGAAAAUGGGACUGGGAUAGAUCGCAUCAGUCUCAGAGAAGGCAGCGGGAUGUUAAACUCCAAUAUAACAACAGCCAAUGGGAGUGUGACGCUGGUAUCCUACAACGCAUCCUGCUGCUCACCUAACGUGCAGAUAGUGGUUGUAGACCAAGUUGGUAAUGUGGAUGUCUGCAGUUAUUCUAUCAAGCCAACAACGCCUUCAUCAUCCGGAGCUGUUCAGCCCUCUCUUCUUUGUCUUAGCGUCAUGAUUUUAGGGCUUAUGCUGGGCUGUCAGAUCAGAUAAAUGUCUACAUUUUUUAAAUGUUUUAAAGAUGUAGAAAAUCAUCCGCAGGAUGUUAACAAUCAGUUAGCUCUCACGUAGAGGUGACAGUUUUCAUCAAACUGCAGCUAAGAUAUUUGGUAUACAGUUACUGCAUUAUUGCAUUGAAGUAAGAAGUAAAUUAAUUAGUGAAGCUAAAGGUAAUAUUUCUGAUUAUUAAAAAAAAAAAGAUUAUGAAAUUUAAAAAGAAAAUUGAAUUAAAAGUUUGCAUUCUGA